GGGAAUGAGAGUGGUGGGAAGAGAUUUCUCCUUUUUCCUUUGGAAUUCUGGGAUUUAAUUCCCUCUGGAAUUAAUUAGGAUUAUGAAGAAUUCCAGACUUUUCCAGACGUUUUCGGCCCUGAGAUCAUUGGGAAUUUGGUAAUGAUCAGGAUGGGAAUGAGAGCAGUGGGAAGAGAUUUCUCCUUUACCCUUUGGAAUUCUGGGAUCAGUUUCCCUCUGGAAUUAAUUAGGAUUCUGAGGGAUUUGAUUAAUUCCUGUUUUUUUUCCCAGGAAUUUGACUCAUUCCUGUUUUUUUUUCCCACGGAUUUAAUUCAUUCCUGUUUUUUUCUUUUCUUCCCCCCAGGAAUUUGAUUAAUUCCUUUUUUCCCCCAGGAAUUUGACUCAUUCCGUGUUUUCCAGGCCAUGUCCACAACUGGAAUUUUGGGAUCUCUGCUCCAAGUGGAGGAAAAUUUCUCCUCCUGCCUGGCCCGGAUUGACGCCCUCAUCCUCAAACCUCUGCUCCAGGCAGAACCCCACGAUCCCAAGGAAAAAGAGAAUUUCCAACUCCUGGUGCUCCUCAACGAUCGCUUCCAAACCCUCUGGAAUUUCACGGAGGAGAAUUCCCGGAUCCUGAGGGGGAAAAAAUCCAGCUCUGAUUCUGGUUGGAUCCAGGAUUUUUACAUCCUAUGGAAGGGAGAUUUUUUCCUGAGCCUUUACAUCCAGUAUUUCGUCACCUUCGCCAACUUUGUCGUGGUCCAGGGCUUUGAGCACGCCGCCGAGAGCAGGAGCCAGGCCUGGAAGCUCCACAAGGCGCUGCUGAAGGAAUUCCUGCGGGAUUUCAGCUCGGACAAUUCCCUGGCUCUGGCCCUGCACGCGGCGCUGCACAAACCAUUCCAGGAUCACAUCCAGAGCUGCCUGCAGCUCCUGGGCCAGCUCCAGGGGCAGCUCCACCAGGAAUGUGAGCGGGACGUGGUGGCCGCCGUCAUGCGGGAAUUCGGGAAGUUGGAAUCUUUCAUCGGCCAGGUCCUGGAUGAAGCCAACUUCACCAAGGAGCUCUGGAAAUCCUUGGGCUACAAAUUCACUGACGUGCUGUGUGUCCCCGAGAGGAGGCUCCUGGAGGACAGCAGGAACGUUCCCAUCGCCUCCGGCAGCGCCCGCUCCGAGCGGCUCCUGCUCUUCGACGACGUCCUGGUGCUCAUCCAGGGAAACAGCUUCCAGAGUUUUGAUCUCAAGCUGGUGUGGGUGGAUGAAAACUGUGGAGAGAAAUCUGCUCUGGGAUCGUACAACCUGCGCAUCACAACCCCGGAAGAGACGUUCGUCCUCUCUGCCAAGGACCCCCAGACGAAGGCCGUGUGGAGGUGGAAGCUGGAGCAGGCCGUGCGCCAGGCGCUGAACGGGAAGCGGGAUUUUCCGCUCUGGGGCCGGAGCGGGGAAGGCAGCGAGGCCCCGCCCCAGCGCUUCUUCACCUACGUCUUCCGCACCGAGGGACGGCUCCGAGGGGCCACCUACGAGGGGGAGUGGCUCUGGGGGAAGCCCCAUGGCAAGGGGACGCUGAAGUGGCCCGACGGACGCAACCAUGUCGGGGAUUUCCAGGAUGGCCUGGAGCACGGGUUUGGGAUCUGCCUGGUCCCGCGGCGUUCCGAGGAUCGCUACGACUGCUACAAGUGCCACUGGUACCAGGGCAGGAUGCGGGGCUAUGGAAUCUGUGAGUAUGGGAGUGACCUGGUCUACAAGGGCUACUUCAAGGACAACGUGCGCCACGGGUUUGGGAUCCUGGAGAACUUCUCCAGAGAACAUCCCUUCAAAUACACGGGGCAGUGGGAAAACGACAAAAAGAACGGAUACGGGGUCUGGGAAGACAAGGAGAGAGGGGAGAGGUACAUCGGGAUGUGGUGGGAUGACCAGAGACACGGAGAAGGCAUCGUGCUCACCCAGUCAGAGCUCUGCUACCAGAGGACGUUCCAUGCGGAUAAAAUGGUGGGCUCGGGAAUUCUGCUCCUGGAAGAUGACUCCGUCUACGAAGGGAAUUUCACGGAAGAUCUGACAUUUGUUGGAAAGGGGAAGCUGUCCUUGGCCAGCGGUCUGGUGCUGCAGGGGACGUUCGGCGCUCGAGGGCCGCGCACCCAGAGCCAGGAGCCGCCCGACGCCACGUGUUCCAGGCAGCUGGGCCUCAAGGAAUUCCCAGUGGAGAAGAGGUGGACGGGAAUCUUUGAGCAAUUCCAGGAAUUCCUGCGUUCCGGCUGCAGGGAGGAAAUGGAGGAAUCCUUCAUGGGAUUCCACAUCCAAUCCAGCAAGGAGCUGAGGAAAUCCCAGGGAUAUCUGUUCUGUCAGAGAGGCGCUGAGGAGAAUUCCUGGAAAAAAGAGGAAUUCCUGGAAGAGCUCGUGCAGCACCAGGAGCUGCCGUCGCUCCAGAGGUACCUGGAGAAGGCCUUGAAAUCUUCCCUGCAUCCCUUGGGAAAGCUGCUGAGGGCUCUGGGCACGGCGUUCCAGGCGUCGUAUUCCGGGAUCGGAGCCAACCGGCACCUGCUGGGAAUGGCACAGGAGGAGGUCAAGUUCUAUUCCCGGAAAAUCUGGGAAUUCUACCGAGGUUUGCUCCGGCUGGCCCUGGAGCGGAAGGGUCGAGCGCCCUCGGAGGAGGCAGAUCCCAGGUUGAAAGGCUCCAGCCUGGUCCUGCCGCUGAUCCUGCCCACCUUCUAUCCCGAGCUCUCCAUGCUCUACAUGCUCCAGCACCAGCACCAGGAUGACCUCUACUGCCAGGGAAUCGCGGAGCUCAGCCUCCUCACGGAUAUCCAGCUCCUGGAAUUCCUGGAUGUGCAGAAGCACCUGUGGCCUCUCAAAGAUCUCACCCUGACCUCCAACCAGAGGCGCUCCCUGGUCAAGGAUAAAUGUUUCCUGUCGGCCACCGAGUGUCUGCAGAAGCUCAUCACCACAGUGGAUCCCAGGGAAAAGCUGGAAAUCCUCCGGAAAACCUACGAGGAGCUGGAGCACACGGUGUCCCGGCUGCUGGAGAAGGAAUUCCGACUGCCCAUGGAUGAUCUCCUGCCUCUCCUCAUGUUCGUCGUAUCCCGAGCCAAGAUCCAACAUCUGGGAGCUGAAAUCCAUCUGAUCCGGGAUUUGAUGGAUCCCACCAACCAGGGUGGAAUGUUGGACUUCCUGCUGACGGCGCUGGAGUCGUGCUAUGAACACAUCCAGAGGAUCCGGCUCCACCCAAAGGAAAGCUCCCACAGCUCCUGAUCCAUAGGGAAAAUCCUCAUUUUCCCAAUUUUUCUUCGGACCAAAUCUCACUGGAAAAAGCUGGAAUUUUAUCCUGGCUGCCUUUUUAAUGGGAAGAAUUCCUCCCCCAGCCGAGGUUUUCCUGAUCCCAAACACACUGGAGAAAGGCUGGAAUUUCCAUCUCCAACCUUUGGGAAUUUUUUUCCAAGCAGAGUUUUUUUAAUUUAUUUUUUUAAUUUUUUUUUUCUUUUUUGAGUUUUAUCUCCUUUUCCAGAAAAAAAUCCCAGGAGAAAAAAAAAAAAUCUUCUUUUCCUGCUCUCGAUUUUUUUUUUUUUUUUUUUUUUGCACUGAAGAAUUCCCAGAAAAAAGAAAGAAUUUCUUUGGGAAACAUCGAUUUCGGAUGGGAUUUCUUGGAAUGGCUCAUCCCAAAGCUCCUCAAAAUUCCUGGAAUUAGAGGAGGUUUUUCCCACCACUCCUUUUCCCAUUUUUUCCCAACUCAGGACUUUUCCCAUUGCAUUUGCAAGCUGCUAUUCCCAAAUUUCCUGAUUUUUCCCAUGCUCCGAAUUUUUUUUUUUUUUUUUAAUUUCUCCUUGGGAAACCUCAGGGAUAAUCCUGCACUGCUUUGGAAUUCCAGGGGGGUUGGAAAAAACAUGGAUUUAUCCUGGAUUUUGGGAAAUUCUGGGAAAACAAACAGAAAAUAUGGAAUAGAAACUCCAAUCCCAGCUGGCUGUGUGCCCUGAGCUGGAAUUUCCCUUUGGGAAAAGAAUCUUUGGGAUAUUCCCAAUGGAUAUUUGGGAUGUUGUUCCCAGCAUUCCAAAAUCAUUUAAUAAUAGCCCAAAAUAUCUCAUUUUUGACAGUUUUUAUCCCUAUUUUUAAGUUUUUUUCUGGAUUUUUUUUUCCUUAUCCAGGAAAAGAAACUCCCCAGGCUUUUUCUGGCUGUUUUUUUUCC